CGUGUUCUUAACUGGUAUGGUUAAGGUAUUUGGUGGUAAAACUGGACCUAUUCGUCCUUGAAUGCUGUCGUUAUGGCUGAACCAAAAGUGGACUUUUAUGUCAUAUAUAACCGGGCAAUGACCCGUCAAGCAGAAACAGACGAUUGUAUUCUGUCAUUAAACUUCACGGAACACUUAGUCAGGGUGUUAGAACAGAGGGGUCACAAGGGUCAUUAUGACGACAGAGAUGCUAUCGGUGGUUCUAAUAUUUUCAAAGAAUUAUUCCGAAAUGUAAAGGAAACAAGAAAAACAAUAUUGGUAGUUACUCCUGGGUUUUUAAAAAACUGCUGGGCACAAUACUCUAGCAUGGCUGCCUUUAAAGAGCUUAUAGAUACAAAUAAAUGUAGUAAACUUAUUCCAAUAGGAAUAGGUAUUGAAGACCACCAGAAACUGCAGGAACUGAAUAUCAAAGAGUGGAUUCAUUUGUUGGCAGAUUGGUCACCUGAUAAAAAUCCUCUUCAGUGGAAUAUCAUAAUAAAGUCUGUUUCACAUGAUGGGCCUCUUUCAACAGAACCUUCAUAUAGAGAAUACAUACAUGACCAAGAGCAUGGUGAUAAUAAACUGAGAAGUGAUCAAAAUGUACUUGUAGUUCAACCGGAUUCACUACAGGCACAGAGCACAGACUUCUUCAAUGAGAAGUUCCUCCUUUAUGUUGCUACCCACUUUCUAACUGACUGGCAUGUAUAAGCCUUAAAUCUUGGCUUAAAAGAUGAAACAGUUAAAGAAGUGGAACUUAACAACCUCAGGAAUGUUCGCAUGCAGGCAUACAAUGCUUUGCUAAGGUGGAAAAAAGCUUCUAGAGAAAGUCAGGAGAAAAAAGUAACCACAUUGUUGUCAGUGGUAAUGGAAAUGGGGAGAAAAGAUUUGGCUGAGGACAUUGAAACCAAAUAUAAGGAGUUUGCAAGUCAGAACGAAAGUGAAGGAUUUGAUGAAGUAGACAUGGGAAUGUCCAGGAAUAGGGAAAACAAUCUCUACCUACAGAAGACACAGCCUAAAUUGUUUGAUCAAAGUGAACAGCUGAUCUUCGAGAGGAGCAAAGAUGCAGGUGAUUCAACGCAGUGUAAAACAUACAUGACUCGGGAAUUAAAACCUGAAACCACUGCUUUUGUUGAUCUGAAAACAAACUCCAAAUCUCACACACAAUCCUCAGACUCGCUUGCAAUUCAACCUGGGCCAGCCAUGUCCUUACCGCCUGCACCAAUGGUGAGUUUGCCACCAAGUAAACCCAUUAAAGAACUGUCUGACAAUGUUGCAAAUACUCAACAAACUGACCGUACACAGGAUGCAGUAAAUAUACUAGAAAACAGCAAUUCAGACAGGGGAGCAGGCGGGUGUAUUUUAAAUGAGGAAACCCACAGCAAUACUGGCGGACCUAAAGCUAUGGAGUAUAUUCCAGUCGAGGACUGCAUUUCAGCUUCACAAACAGAAGCAUUAAACACACAGAUAAAUAUGCCAGGCACUCAAACGGUACGUCAACCACCAGAUGACAGAAAUGUAAAUUGCAAUUCUGCCGUAAAUGGGGAACAAAACUAUAAAAGUCAGAAAAGUUUAUCUAAAGAUACUGAUCUCUCGGCUGAUGCCUACGGAUCUUUCUCCUAUGAUAGGAAACCAAACAGCCUUCACCUGCACCAUGGCGACAGCAAUCCUUCCUCCUCUUAUUACGUAUCUCGCAAUGCAAACGAUGCAGAUGUCGCAAGCCCUGAUUCCGGUUACAGUUGCUCUGCAGCACAAACUCCUCUCAAUGAACAAAUCAUUCCAAACAAAGGGAGCCAGUCAGUGGAAGCUGUUCCAACUGUGAUACAGAAGGAAGGGAACCAGUCACAGGAAGCUGUUUCAGCCUUGAAACAGAAUAAAGGGAACCAGUCACAGGAAGCUGUUCCAGCUGUGAUGCAGAAUAAAGGGAACCAUUCACAGGAAGCUGUUCCAGCUGUGAUACCAAUUAAAGGAAACCAGUCACAAGAAGCUGUUCCAACCUUGAUACAGAAAACUGACAACCAGGCUGAAACAAGUCAAGAAAUGUCAGUGAAGCAAACAAGUCAAGUGAGCAAUGAUGCAGAAACUACAAGCAAUACAAGACCACAAAAUAAACGUCGCUCCAGUUCAAAUGAAUUUGAAGGUGAAGGUGGACGUGUUGAAAAAAGCAUAUCUGAGCUUGACACUUCUUUAUCAACUACACAAGGUGAGCCGCAAAGUUUAGGAUCAAGAGUGCUUCAUUCUUUUAUAAGUAUGCUGACAAGACCAGAGUUAGCGUACAGUUGAUUCGCUACAUCAUUUACGGACAGACAGUUGGUCCAUCACAUCAUCUACCAACAGUUGGCAUACAGACAGCUCUACAGAUUCAUUAAAUAUUCUCUCCAAAUUAUCAAUUUUUAUUAAUGUUUUACUAGUAUUUAAGAUUUACAAGAAAGUGUUGAAUAUUAUGUGAUCAUGCUUCUGAAAGGAAGGGUUUUAUUUUAGUCAAUAAUGGGCCAGUUUUUUGUUUUUUUUGCUGUUAUGCUCUAUGAUACACAAUAAUGUUUCCCAAAAUGUUCCCAGAAAGAUUGGGAGACAUGUUGUUUUUGCCUUUUUCAUAAAAAGUUUGUCUGUCUCCCUGUCCAUCCAUCCAUACAGACAUCACCAUGUAUUUUAUUCCAUUUCCAAUAUUUUCACAUAAUCGUUUGGUCCAUCGACACAGAAGAUAUAAUCUUCACGAUGAUGGUCAAUUUUAAACUUCAACGGUAAUAUAAUCAACGCAACAGUCGAAAUAAACAUAAGCUUAUUGCCAUUUUACUCCAUUUACAAAAUCUUUCGAAAAAUUCAAACUAGGCUCCCCAGCUUUGCCGUGUACAAAUACCCUCCGCUUUUAAUUAUGGGAACCAACAUUUUACCAAAUAGCUCCGCCCAUAGCUGACUGGUUCCCAUCUUCAAAGCGCAGUGCAUUUUGCAUAUGGCAAAGCAGGGGAGCCACGUUUGAAUUUGUUGAAAAAUUUUGUAAAUGCAAUUUGGAUAAAACUUCAUUCAAAUGUACAUGUAUCUAUAAUAUUUAAAAGAAAGAGUAAGUGAGACCUAGUUAAGUUUUUCCUUCAUCAUCUGAGAUCAGCAAAGUUGUGACAUUUUCUACCAGAAUACUUUUAAUUAUGUAUGACUAUUUUUUAAACAAUAUCAUAACUGUUUUAUGAUGUGAAAUUCAAUGUAAGAAUGUGCAAAUGGACUCUUUGCGUUUUAUAACUUUCUUACUGUUCAAAGAUGGACUUGGCAGUCUGUGACCGCUUCUUGUUUCUACUUAGAAAAUUGUUUAUGAAAAUUCAAAAAGUUAUGCAAUGUGUCUCACAAAUUGUUAAAACCAAUUCUGUCCUCAAACUUAAUACUUUAUGAUUACAUCAAGCUCUUGUAAUGAAUUUUUUAAAUUUUCUUUAAAUCUUAAAUGUAAAUAAUGUAAAUAAGUUUGCAAUCUAUUUUUUGUUUACUCAUGCAGUCAGUGAUUUUUGUUCACUGAAAUUGUUUAUCAUUUUCCUAACUAUGAUGCGACUCAGCUCUAAAUAAAUGACUUCAAUACAUGUAUAUUUCUUAUUCUAUCCAUACAUGUUUAUAGUAAAAUCUCGGCAGAAUGACUCUCCUUAGACCGAUAAUCUCAACAACAUCAUUUAUUUCUUCCCAAAGUAUCACUACUUUAAAUCUUAUUUCUCAAAAA